AGCUCAACCAGCCAAUAACGUGAAAGUAAACAAAAGAGCCUCGCUGCUGUCAGCACGCUGUUUGUGGUCGGUGGUCCUAAACAUUAGUGGUGGUUUCUACUUCCUAACACUGUCCCCACGUCUCAUCUCACCCAGGAUGACAGAUACAAUAAAAGAGCUCGUUUUGAAGUGCCAACAGGCAAGAACUAUGGCAUACUGCCCAUACAGCAAGUUCCCUGUUGGUGCGGCACUAUUAACCGCAGAUGGCGCUAUAAUUACAGGUUGUAAUGUUGAGAACGCCUCCUUUGGCCUAACGGUGUGUGCAGAGCGGACAGCCAUACAGAGAGCUGUGGCAGAAGGACACAGACACUUUACGGCUAUAGCUGUGACUUGUGAUGUCGAGGACAGCUUUGUGGGGCCCUGUGGAGCAUGUCGCCAGGUUCUCAUGGAGUUUGGAUCAGAAUGGGUGGUGUACUUGAGCAAACCAGAUGGCUCUUAUAAAGAAACUACCCUCAAUGAGCUUCUACCCUAUGCAUUUUCUCCUGCUCACCUCGGAAAGAAAUAA